GGCGGCGGCGGGCGCUGGGUGUCCUGCGCGGGGCGGUCCCGGCGGCGGCGGGGCCCGGGCAGGAGCUGCCAUGGCCACGGAGUUCCCCCCCACACCGGCCAGCGGCGGCCGCGCCGCGGAGACGCCGCUGAGCCCGGCGCGGCUGAGCCGGCUGCAGGAGAAGGAGGAGCUGCAGCAGCUCAAUGACCGCCUGGCCGCCUACAUCGAGCGGGUGCGGGCGCUGGAGGCCGACAACUCGGCGCUGCAGCUGCGACUGAGCGAGCAGGAGGCGGGCACCGACCGGGAGCUGGACUGCCUGCGGCUGCACUACCAGGCGGAGCUGGCCGACGCCCGCCGGGCGCUGGACGACAUCGCCAUCGAGCGGGCUACGCUGCAGGUGGAGCUGGGCAAGAUCGGCGAGGAUCACCGGCAGCUGCACGUCCGGAAUUCCAAAAAAGAAAGUGAUUUGAACCUGGCCCAGGCUCGUCUGAGAGACCUCGAUGCCCAGCUGAUCGCGAAGGAAGCUGACUUAGCCACAGCCCUGAGCGAGAACCGCACUUUGGAGAGUGAGCUCCGUGAAUUAAAGGAGGAAGUACUCACGCUGAAUCUGUCACUGGAAGAUACUACAAAGCAUCUCCACAGUGAAAUGUUGAGGAGGGUGGACCUAGAAAAUCAUAUGAAAACUUUGCAGGAAGAAAUGACGUUCCAGAAGCGCCUUCAUGAAGAUAAGCUCAAGGAGACAAAAAGAGUCCAUGAGAGCAGGGUAGCAGAAGUAGAAUCUGGCCGUCAGAGAGAAUUUGAGAGUAAGCUCUCAGAAGCUCUGCAGGAGAUCAGAAGACAACAUGAAGAACAAAUUCAAGGAUACAAAGAGGAGCUGGAGCGAACAUUCAGUGCAAAGAUGGAGAAUGCCCAGCUAACUGCAAGAAGAAAUAGUGAGUCUGCCAGUGCUGCUCGGGAGGAGCUGCUGGAAACAAAGAAGAGAAUUGAUACUCUGGUAUCUCAAGUUAAUCAGUAUCAAAGCCAGAAUGUUGCUUUGGAGAGCAGAAUAAAGGAGCUACAGGACUUGCUGGAUUAUGAUCGUGAUCUCCAUCGAAGGCAUAUGGCUGAAAAGGAGGAAGAAAUGGCACAAGCUCAGAGGCAGGCACAAGAACAGCUGGAAGAAUAUGAGCAUCUCUUAGAUGUGAAACUGGCUCUAGAUUUGGAAAUAAAUGCCUACAGAAAGAUGCUGGAAGGAGAGGAACAGAGGCUAAGGCUGUCACCCACUCCAUCUUCACGCAGCAUGGCAACUCCAACAACAAGUAAAGGACGGAGGUUUCUGCAUGGGAAGAAAAGGAAAGUGAAAGAAUCCAAAAAGAGAGAGUGUGCUGCUACAUUUAAGACUGUUCAGCAUGCCUCAGCUUCUGGAAAUGUAUCCAUUGAAGAGAUCGAUGCAGAUGGGAAGUUUGUCAGGGUUAAAAACAACUCUGACGAGGAUCAACCACUUCAUGGAUGGGUGCUGAGACGACAUAUUGGAAGUGUGUCAGAUGUUACUUACAAGUUUCCUUCGCAGUUCACUCUUCAGGCAGGCCAAGUAGUUACAAUCUGGGGUGCAGCUGCUGGUGUAAGCCCAGGUCCAAGUGAUCUGGUCUGGAAGUCUCAGAGGUCUUGGGGAACUGGGGAUAGUAUUGAUGUUACACUUAUCACAGAUGAUGGUAAGGAACUCGCAGAGAGGAAGAUAAUGUUUGUACCCAGAGGAGAAGAAAGCAGUGAGCAAGAUGAUGAUUAUGAAGAAAUAACUGGAAGUGAAAUGGAGUUUGCAUCUCAGACCAAAAGAAGAAGAAAAAAGAAAUGUUGUUUGGUUUCAUGAUAGUGGUUCCUGUGAGCAUCCUUAAGCAGCAAAAUGAGGAUCCUAGCUGUUCUCUCAUGUAAUGUGGACAAAGAGACAAUCAUCUGAAAGCAUCUGAGUCCCAAGUGACAUAGACUGUACGUGUUUUGGUAUCUUCUGCAAUAUCUGAAACUUGGAAUUCACAUCACACCUGAUGUCUUCGUAAGAACAUUGUCUAUAACAUGAUGGAAUUUCCUACCUUCUGGUACUGGACCCUGUCCUCGGAUUCACUGUUACAAAGAGCAGUAGAAUGCAAGCUCCAUGUGAACUUAUUUUUACUUUUAUACAGGGAUCUGGUUUCCAUGACCUGCUGAAAGAGAGGAGGGUACACAGUUUACAAAGCUUUUAAAUGUGCUCUAGAAGGAUGUUAAAUACUUGACAAUGAACAUGAGGCUGCCUCAAUAUUCUCAUAUGGUGUUUCUCCAAAGGUAAUUUCUCUUUUAAGCCUGAGUGGGAUAUGGGACAGAUCACACCCUGGCUUGCCCCUUGAGCAAGUUAAAACAUUGUCCUGAAGAGUUAUGAGUGUCUGAAAUGUUUCCUGCUCAGGAAACAUGCAAAAAUAUAUGAAAACUGCUCUACAGCACUUGCUGGAGUGAAACACUUUAAAAUUAAAAGCAAGUUGUAAAAAAAUAUUUGUGCCUGGUAAUACAUGUACUGUUUCUAUAUUCUAGCACCUGGAAAUCCCCCAGUUUCAGUAUUGUAUAUUCCUAGACAGAGAAUAUCACAGCAUAGCUGUGCCAACCUUAACUUGGACAAAAUGUAUCCUGUAAAUGUGAAAAAGCAUCUCAUUCCAACAGGGCAGGUACUGUGACUAGUGUUGUUGGCACUGUUUGAAUAGUCCCAACAACAGCUUUCUAAGGGGCUAGAAAGAAAAACAUGCUAAAACAAACAGGAAAACCAGAAAGCACCAACUGUAGUGAAAAAUGCAUUGAAACAGCUGCUCUUAGAGUGCUUGUGUACUGACUCCCUGCAGUCUGCAGCACUGGGGGUAUGUCCAAUGGGCCAGUUGGGGGAAUACUUGACUACUGGUCAGUAUGCUAUCAUUGAUAGCUCUGGGUCCAUGAAAAGCCUGUCCUGUAACCCUCAGAACCAGGCACUCAGCCUCUGGGGGCACUGCAGUCAGUCACUCCUUGCCUCUCUUCACUGAACUUACCUGCUGGCCCUGAGGGGGAAAGGAAGGGCCUGGAUGAGCCACUGGAAGUACCCUUCUACUUUAGAGCAGGAGGGGAGGAGCUGAGCCUGCAGAUUUAUCUAGAUGCUGGAAUAGUGUUUUGACUGUCUUUUAUCUUGCCAAAGGACUCGGUUCCAAACUCAAGACCUUGGUGUUUUAGGAUGUAGGUGUUAAGGUGCUUAUGCUAACUUAAGCUUUUACAUUAUUUGACAGUUCUAGUUUUGAGACAUCAAGAGCACAUGUUGGUUUAAUACUUGCAUUGUAGCAGAUCCAAAUUCUUGUUCCACCUGAAACCAUAGAAAUAGCUGCUGCUAUAACAUUGCUGUAUUUGUCUUGAUUUCUUAAAACUUUUUUAACUAUUAAAGAUAUUUUUCAUGUAUAUAAAAGUCUUGGAUAUAAAAGUCAUGUAUAUAAGUCUUGGAUUUGAAUAUUUGCAAAUUAAAUAAUAAAAGUCUGUUUAUUCAUUGA